AUCAGUUCGUAACCUACAAAUAAACAUCCGACUCCUAUCUCUCCCGAGGAAAAGUUAUGUCUCACAUUAAGGUAUUUAGCCACGGGCGAGUCAUAUCGAUCAUUAGCAUUUUCAUUCAGAAUUUGUCAUAGUUGGAUCAGUAUUAUUGUCCGACAAGUAUUGUCUGCUAUUCGUAACAAGAUGACUGAUAUAGUUAUGCCAGCUCCUACCGAAAAUCAACACAAAAGAAAUGCCCUAGAAUUUUACAAACGCUGGAAUUUUCCAAACUGUUGCAUGGCGAUUGACGGAAAUCAUGUUCGAGUAGUCUGUCCCCCAAACACAGCAUCGCUACAUUUUAAUUACAAAGAAUAUUAUUCUGUAGUUUUGUUAGCCCUUGUCGAUGCUGACUGUAAGUUUGUAGCCAUUGAUGUAGGAGCUUAUGGAGGUGAAGGAGAUGCUGGGGUGUACAGUAAAUCUAAUUUUGGUAAAAAAAUUGUUGCAGGUAGCUUCAGUCUUCCACCACCGGCAGUUCUUCCAAACACAACUACUUUACAGCCCCAUGUUAUCCUUGGAGACAGUGCAUUUACACUUACAGAAACUAUGAUGAAGCCCUAUCCUCAAACUUUAUCUGCAUCUGACACCACAAUUGCAGCAUAUAAUUACCGCCACUGUCGAGCAAGAAGAACUACGGAAAAUGCAUUCGGAAUAUUAAGCCAAUAUUUUAGAAUUUAUUUUACGCCCAUUGGCGUAAAAAACGCCGACACUAUUGAUGAUAUUAUUUUUGCCACCUGCCUUUUACAUAAUGUGCUAAGGGACUCUAAAAUACCAUAUCCAGAAGAAAAUACCCAUUCAAAUCCGCCAAUUCCUGCUGAAACCUUUUCACCUUUAGCGCCUUCUCAGAACAGACGGCCCUCUUUUGCAGCUAGACAUGUUCGUGAAGUUUUUAAAGAUUAUUUUAACAAAGAUGCUGGCAGGGUUGGGUGGCAAAAUAAUAUUAUAAAUCGCACACGAUAUCAUGACGAUGAGCUCUCUUCAAACUAACGUUUUACAUACAUUCAGCAAACAUUUAUUUUAAAUAAUGUGUUAAAUAUUAUGUAUAGAUACAUUCUGCUGC